AUGGGUCCCGAACCAGGUGGCCCAGGCGAAGCUGAAAGGGGGACGAGAGCAGAGAGAGAAACACCGCGGAGAAAACGCUGCCGCGAAGGGCGCCGCGUGGGUCCGGCCUGCGCUGCGGCGGCGCGCAAAGCCCCGCCCCCUCGGCUCCCCCUCGCUCCGCCCCGCGGCCCCGCCCCUUCCUCGGCCGCGCACCCGCGCGCCCCGCCCGCGGACGGAAGCGAGAGCGAGGCUGAACGCCUGACGUCAAGGCGACACCGCCAAACCUCGCCCAGAGUCAGGCGUGUAAACCAGCCCGAGCGGCGGCGGCGGCGGCAGCGGCAGGACCGCCGUGGCGCCGGAGCAGCGACCCGGAGGGAGCGCAAGGCACGGGGCGACGCGGGCUGCGGGGACCCGGUGACAGCGGGAGCGGCGGCAGUGGCGGCGGCCGCGCGGGGCGGGGGCCGGGCGCCGGCUGAGGGGAGCGGGUGGGGUGCGGUGCGGGCCGGGCGGGGCGCGCGCGGCGGUCAGGGACCCUGGCGGCCGCGGCGGCGGCUUCACGGCGCGCGGCAGGUGGUGCGAGGGCCCGGCGGCCGGCCGGCGAACGCGCUGCCUCCCGGGCCGGCGGGGACGAGCCGCCGCCGCCGCCGCCGGGGAACAGCGCGCUUUGCGGAAGGGGUCAAAUGUCUGAAAUAUGGCGGAGGAAGUGAGAGCCCGAGGCCCCCCCCCCCCACCACCCGCUCGCUCCCUCCUGCCCGCGGCCGCCGCAGCCUCUCCCGCUGCCCGCCGUCCCCCGCCGGGCUCCCCGGAACACUAGUACCCCGCGCCGGAGCCCCUUCGCUGGCCACCCCUGUGCCCUCCUGGGUGUGGGUGGAAGUUAGAACGGAAACCAGAAAGUUGUCCUUUGAGAAGACCCAGCUUCCCCCAGCCCCGAGCCAGGACGGGGAGCGUUCGGGGAAACCACUCCCCGGCGCCCUGCAGGCUCCAGCCUGA